GAGCUGAACAAAUGAUAAAAAUGUUGAUUACUAGCCCUGUGCUUAAACGGAGACUUUAACUGGCUGAGAACCAGACUUUCCAAAUUCUUACACUUUGGCCAUAAAUUGAAGAUAUUUGAGUUGUAGCUGUCAUUGCAUAGAUUCCUAACCCCUGUGUUUUCCCUUACAUCUUUCUCACAUCUGACCUUGCUCUUAGCGUUACUCGAAGAGAUUCUCUGAUUACUUUCCGUGUCUCACAGCUGCAUACAGCUUCCCUCUUCAGACAAAUCAAGCACGGCUGGGCGGUGCAGCCCCUUGGUCUGUUAUAAAUGUUGUUUAUUAACUUCCAUUUGAAUGAGUUCUUAAUGAAAUAAAUGCAAUUUGUUUGCACUUCAAACACUUGGAAUAACAGAAAUAAUAAUCUAUGCAAAUCCCUUUGCUCUCGGAGAGUUUUAUUAGAACAGAGUCUUGUUUUUUUAUUCAGUUCUGCAGUAGGGCUGUCAUAGCAGGAUGAAAACACUGCUGUCAUUAAGCGUCUUUAAUUAAAGGGUUAAAAAAAAUAUCACUGCCACAGUGACAAAGAGUAAUUGAUUACAGUCAAACAGCAAACAACAUCUCAUGGGUGCAGCGCAAUUCAGACAGAUUUUCCUCCAGCCUCUCCAAUCCAAUAGGAGUUCACAGUUUCCCCCUCCUCGAGGGCAUUGGCGCUCCCAUUUGCAGUGUAAGGGAGAUGCCCACAGGGAGGGCACCGAUUUGGUCUGCAGAAGGGUUUCCAAACUGCUGAGUGGUACAGAUUCCUAUAGUGAUCCAUUCUGCAGAGCUGCUGCAAGGGGUGAUUUUUUUUCCGUGAGUCACAGCAAUGAUGACAUUCUCAGCUGUGUUUACAAGUGGAUUUCAGACUCCCCGGCUCUAGUGGUGGCCAGGAGUGCCCCAGAGGAGACCGUGACCAGCAGCUUUGCCUCCUUCAUCCACGCAGUCCGACCUGAGCACCUGUCCAAGAUCGUCCGUUACAGAAGCAAGAGGAUGAUCCUUGACAGCAUUGGUGUUGGCCUUGUGGGCAGCACAACCCACGUGUUUGAUAUUGCUCUGAAGUACUGCCUGGAGCUGUACUCUUCAGUUGCUGUGAGCAAUGUCUAUGGCAAGCCUGGUGUGAAGCUAUCCCCGACUCUGGCUGCAUUCACCAAUGGUGUUGCGACUCACUCCAUGGACUUUGAUGAUACCUGGCACCCUGCUACUCACCCAUCAGGGGCUGUUCUGCCAGCUCUGCUGGCAGCUUCUCAGAUGCUACCUCCAAACUCCAAACCCAAUGGCCUGGAUUUCCUGCUAGCAUUUAAUGUGGGCCUGGAAGUGCAAGGAAGGCUCAUGCAUUUCUCCACUGAGGCUCACAAUAUUCCCAAAAGGUUCCACCCUCCUUCAGUAGUCGGUACCAUGGGCAGUGCUGCAGCCACUGCAAAGCUGCUGUGUCUCAACAUGACCCAGUGUACCCAUGCCUUGGGCAUCGCUGCCUCACUCGCAGGAGCACCCAUGGCAAAUGCUGCCACACAAGCCAAGCCAUUGCAUAUUGGGAACGCCACCCGCCUGGGCUUUGAAGCAGCACUGCUGGCUGCCCGAGGAAUGGAAGCUAACCCUUUCAUUCUGGAUGAUAUCUCUGGUUGUUCUGGAUUCAGUGCUUUUUACAGCAUCUAUCAACCCAGAUCACUGUCCACACCAAAUGAGCAUCAUGAAUUCCUCUUGGAGAAGCAGGAUAUUGCUUUCAAGAGAUUCCCAGCCCACCUGGGGAUGCACUGGGUGGUGGAUGCUGCCUUGUCCGUUCGGAACCUCUUCAUCAACUAUGCGGGGUCCUUCUCUCCCUCUUUGAUCCGUACCAUUGUGCUGAAGGUCCCAGUGUCAAAGUACAUCAAUAGGCCUUUCCCCAACUCAGAACAUGAGGCCAGACACUCCUUCCAGUUCAAUGCCUGUACAGCCCUGCUGGAUGGAGAAGUGGGCCUCAGCUCUUUCACAGAGAGCAGCAUCCACAGGCAGGAGCUGAGGGAACUGCUCCACAAAGUGGUGGUGGAGCACCCUGAAGAUAAUGUGGCUAAUUUUGACAAAAUGUACGGAGAGGUGGCAGUGCUGCUGAAGAGUGGCGACGUCCUGACAGGCAAAUGUGAUACUUUCUAUGGGCACUGGAGGAAGCCUCUCAGCAGGGAAUCACUCUUGAAGAAGUUUCGAUCCAAUGCCUCUCACGUGCUUCCAGAAGAAAAGGUAGAAACCAUCAUCACUAUGGUGGACAAUCUGGAGAACCUGUCAGAUAGCUCCCAUCUGGCCUGCAGCCUGUGAAGGAAUGUUUUUUUGAUGAGGGAUUUAUCUCAGAGAAACUGAUUCCUUUCUUUGUUGGUGCUUUACUAUUCUUUUCCAGUGAUAGGAAAGUUCUUAUCCCUUGAAGUCAAAGUAGAUGCAUUAGUAUCAAAGAAGUCCAUGAGGCAAAAGGUGUGUCUAUGUAAUUAGUACACAGAUUAAAUCUGACUCAGUUGUUUCUGAGUAGCUGAAAGGUGACCACAGAUGCCAAAAACUUCCAUGGAGAUCUAUGAAAAUCCUGGGGUAUUAUCUGGAAGCUGGUUCCCUACAGAGGAGAGUCCAGAUAUUUUUAAAGUUGUGUUCAAGGUUAUUUCUGUAGAGAAUGCCUAGAAUGCCUAACUGCUGAGUCUGGGAAGAGGAGGACACAGCUGCAAAAUGUGUGCUUUUCUUAAUGCUCCUCUGAGCACUUUUUGGAUCAUGAUUAGGUAAUUGUACUGGACAGAUGAAAAAUAUAUCAGAGUUACUGUAAACAGCCCUGCCUGCAAAGCUCUCAAGCAGAGAAUGAUUUUUUUUUCUUCCAGCAAAACCUUCUAAUAUGUCCAGCAUUUAGGAAGUUGUUGUCACUUCUCUAUGUACAAGGAAUAGUUAAAUGACUCUUAAAGCCUCUAUGUCUUAUCUGAAUGAAAGGCAGACAUUGAGGAAUCCUACAUCAGUCCUACAUCUACAUCCUACACCUCCUGCAAGGUGAUCAUAGGGCUGUGGCAUAUCAUCCCUCCUGGGUUUGGACAGAUCACCCAGGCACCUAUCAGAGCUAGCUUUCCAGAGGUCAUCUUUGUAGUCAGUGAAGAGAUGGGCAGCUCUGGAUUGUCACAUGUGUACAAGCGUGCUGUGACUUACAUUGGGAAUUUCCUGUUUCUCUCCCCUGACAGGGAAGAAAACAUAAAGGGGAAAUCCCUAAGUCAUCUUUCUGGCUGUGAUAAAAUCUGACUUGUACGCCUGAGUAACCAUUCACUGAAAGAUUUCUUACACUUAGUUUUUUCUGAGCAGCAAGAUGGAGAACUAUGCAAUAUUCCUAUGCACAUCAAACAAAUACUGUGACUGCUGAUCCAAAGGACUUGUUUCCAGUAUGAUCAUGAUGUAGGUGCAGAACCUGCUGGGAAAUUCAGGGUUGUCUUCUGCUGAGAGGAUCGAGAUGGGACUAGACGGGCAAGAAGCAAUGUGGGCUGGUUCAUUUUUAGUUUGCUAGUAGUGGACUCUGCAAGGAACUUCCUAGCCAGAAGAAAAUAUUUGCCCAACUGAUGUAAUCCACUCAUAACAUAAUCCUCUCAUACUGUCUAGCAUAGUCACUCUGAAUCUUUCUAAAUAAAGAAAUGAAGUGAA